CCUCACGUAGCUUGACAAAACAACGCAGUUUAUGGAGUGCCUUUCUGAAAUUAUCGCACAAAUUCUAUCUUGGUGUGUAAAAUAGUAGCGCAAACAGACAUUCUAUUCUUAUAGUAUUUUGCUCUCCUUCCAAUCAUUAAUUUCAUACCCGGAACGAACGAGUUUUGGCAGACUUUUUAUCAUCAGGCAGUAGAAGGGGCGUCUCUUUUGGGGGUAUUUUUGUAAGAAACAGGAAGAGAAAGAUGACGGUUCAUAACCUGUACAUCUUUGAUCGUAACGGAAGCUGUUUGCACUAUGGGGAGUGGAACCGCAAGAAACAGGCCGGCAUCUCCAAGGAAGAGGAGUUUAAGCUGAUGUAUGGGAUGCUGUUCUCCAUUAGAUCCUUCUGCAGCAAGAUGUCUCCCCUGGAUAUGAAGGAUGGUUUCUUGACCUUUCAGACCAGCAAGUAUAAACUGCACUACUAUGAGACAGCUACUGGCAUCAAGAUCAUAAUGAACACAGACCUGGGAGUUCCCAACGCUAAAGAUAUACUGCACCAGAUAUACAGCACGCUGUAUGUAGAGUACAUAGUGAAGAAUCCUUUGUGUGUUCUGGGGGAGCAGCUGUCCUCUGACCUCUUCUCUACUAGACUGGACCUCUACAUCCGGGCCCUGCCCUUCUUCAGCCCCCGCGCUGCAUAACAUACACACACACAGAGGAGACAAACAUGCACGCAUCACACACACACACACACACACAGAGGAGACAAACAUGCACGCAUCGCACACACACACACACACACACACAGAGGAGACAAACAUGCACGCAUCACACACACACACACACACACACACACAAACAUGUACGCAUCGCACACACACACACACACACAGAGGAGACAAACAUGCACGCAUCGCACACACACAC